AUGCAGAUUAUCCAGGCGAUUGCGGAUCCCGUUACAUCUGCAAGUGCGGAAUACAGGAAGAAUUUGACAACCAUCCUAAACCCUCGAAAUUCCACUGAUUUGUUACCCAAUGUCGCAGCAUUCACCGAUUGUCGCAAUUGUUUUCCUCGAUUUGAAAACAGUGAACUCCGAAUCCGUCGA